AAUUCAAGAUGGCGGCGACCGUGUCCGUUACUUCGCCGGCGAGUGAGUUGAGGGAAAACGGUGAAAAUGAGGAAAGUCACUGGGAGGAAGAGGAGGGAGAGGGGGGAGAAUUCCUAGAGGAUGAGCAGUGGCCGGUUGCGGGGCUGGAGACGGAGACGGACCAAGGGAAAGUUGGCGGUUUGGAGGCCGAGGAAGCAGCGGCGCCGCACCGGCGGACUCCCGAGGAGACGCUGGCCGAGCUGGAGGCCGCCGAGAAGGAGCAGCGGCUGCAGCGGACCUGCCGCGAGUUCCGAAACCGGCGCAAAAUCAUCAUCAGGAACCUGCCGUCGGACAUCAUCACUCAGGAAGUUUAUGAACUUCUGAGUGGAUAUGACCUUAAAUACUGUUUUGUGGACAAAUACAAAGGAACAGCUUUUGUCACUUUAUUGAACAGAGAUCAAGCAAACGAUGCCAUUGAGAAAUUUCACCAGUCAACACUGCGGGAUAGAGAGAUUUCAGUCCAACUGCAGCCUACUGAUGCUCUGCUUUGCAUUGCAAAUCUGCCACUUGCCUUCACUCAGCAGCAGUUUGAAGAGCUGGUGCGGCCUUUUGGGAACCUGGAGCGAUGUUUCCUUGUGUACAGUGAGGUUUCUGGACACUCAAAGGGAUAUGGCUUUGUGGAGUACAUGAAGAAAGACUCUGCUGCCCGUGCUAAAUCGGAACUCCUGGGGAAACAGCUGGGUACCCGAACCCUGUAUGUUCACUGGACUGAUGUAAACCAACUGACUCUUGACCUCAUUCAUUCCAAGUGCCUGUGCGUGGACAAACUGCCACAUGAUUACAAAGACCUGCAGGCACUCACUGAAGCCUUCAGCGACACUUAUGAGCCAACCUAUUGUCAGCUGGCUCAGGGACCUGAUGGGCAAUUUCGAGGCUUUGCUGUUGUGGAAUAUGAAGCUGCAGAACAAGCUGAGCAAGUGCAGAGGGAGAUGGACGGUCUCUGGGUUGACGGGAACCACAUUCGUGUCUCGUUCUGUGCACCUGGACCCCCAGGACGGAGUAUGCUUCCUGCCCUGAUAGCAGCUCAAGCUAUGGCAAUGAACCGUGGAAAGGGUCUUCUCCCAGAACCGAAUCCUGUGCAGAUUCUGAACAGCCUCAAUAAUCCAGCGACAUUGCAGCUUCUCCUAAACCCAUUUAUUCAUGGAGGCACAGGCGCACAGCAGGGAAUUCUGGGAGCUCCUCUUCCAGUGCCUCUGCUGGGGAAUCCUGGAUUAGGUGCAGCCCUCUUGCAAAUGGUUUUCCAGGGCCAAAACCCAGCUCAAACCAAGAAGCCUGGGAUUCUGGGCGAAUCUCCUCUUGCAGCUUUGCAGCAAAACCCAAUUGGACUCGGAGCCCCUCCACCACGAGGAAAGGGACUUCUUGGGGAAUCACCCACCGGACUGAAUUCUGAGAGAGCACAGGGACAGAUGAAGCUGCCUAUGAUGCCAAUGGGGACGAUGCAAUCCCAGCAGUAUCUUGGUCAAAUGCCAGCAGACAUGCAGGGAAUGAUGGAGAAUCCAUCACAUUCUCGGCAAGUUACCUCUCCUCCAGUUACUCCAGCUCCUCUGCAAGGAAUCCCCACAUCCAUCCUGGGCUCUGUGCUCAGUGAUUUGAAGAAACAGAGGAAGCAAAACAUGUCGCAAGUGGAGACUGGCUCAGUCACAUCAGGGCCAUCGCUGUUGGGAGAACCACCAAAAGACCUUAGAAUGCCUCAGAAUCCAUAUCUCAAUCUGCAAAGUGUGUUCCCUGUUAACCUGCCUGGCAAUUCCAGCAACUCAAUGUCUUAUGGCCAAAGUACCGGCCUUCUGGGAAACUACCCCAGUUCCAGCUCCAGAGUUCAGCAGGGUUCCAGCAUCAGUGACUAUCCGGAGUCCGGAAGCAGCCAGCUGGCUUAUGGAAAUUUUGAAAGCUAUGAUGAUUACAAUCACUCAUACAGGGACUAUGAACAGGAAAGAGAAAUGGAGCGCUACGCACUAUCACGUAAUCCUGGGCUUAGAGGGUACAGUCGUGACAGAAACGAGGAAAGGGAGUUGGAGAGAUACUCGAUGUCCCGUGACCCUGGCCUAGGAGGAAUGGGGGGCUACGGACGUGAUCGAAAUGAGGAAAGGGAGCUGGAACGAUACCCACUAUUACCUGACCCUGGACUUGGAGGAUACGGAUCUGACCGAAAUGAGCGAUCAACUCCAAGUGGAUACAAUGAUAUGGAACCUGCUGCACCUUCAAUGUACUCCAGCUCUCCCACAUCCUAUUUCACUAGUGGUGUAAGAGCUGGACUCCGACAAGGCUAUUCCACCAAGUUAAAUCCAGUUCUGAAUUCUGGGGCAGGACUCCUGGGUGCUCGGCCUGCCAAUUCACCACCAGGCUGCAUGCUGAAGACGCCACUUGUUGGUCAUAAGCGGGGUGCUUCUCACCUGAUCCCAUCGCCCGAACCCAGCCCAGAGGGAGGCUACAUUGGGCAGCAUUCGCAAGGCCUGGGGGGCCACUAUGCUGACUCUUACAUGAAGAGGAAGAGGAUAUUUUAGCUGGAGACCUGGUGUUGCCAUCUAGAAUGAUGUGGUUAUUUUUCGCUUAAGGGUGUAAAUCUUGUACAGAUGUUUUUAAUCUCUGCAUCAAAACACUUCAGUCUUUGUUUUUUGGAGGAGGGUGAAACUUGUAUCUGUGAAUUUGGGGUAUGCAGAAGGCUGGAACCUGUAGAACUGACAGAAGCGUGACUGUGUGGCACCCAUGAAUGAAUGUUAGCCACAGAAGUACCAAUAUGUAGCCUUCAACAUGCAAAUUCCCAUUGUUGGGGGAGGUGAGUGCAUAAAGAGAUGGAAAUCACCAUCCGCCUCUCUCACCUACCUCAUUGUUAUUGACUGAGCUCUGGGACCAGCGAUUGUGAACCAGUGAGUGAUCUUUGGGAGUACACUUCGGUAUUUUGCAUUUUCUUCACUGCAAACUUAAAAACGCGUGAAGUUGGCUACAAAAAUUAUCCCAGUAAUAAUACCCAUUAAUAAAUUGGACUCCGUGAGCCAGCCUGAAAACAGUCACUUGUUUGUGUUGCUGCAGCAAAAUACACACUUAAUAGCAUUUUAAGCAAGUAUUUUACUUUAAAGCCAGACCCUAUAAAUUGUCGUUUCUCCUUGGUGAUUUACUGUGCUUCUGUGCAAUUUUCUUCAUUAAUUUCCCAACGCAUUGGAAUUAAUUCAGUGAUUAUUUUCCUUUGUUUGAAUUGCACUGCACUCAGUUUUUAACAUUGACCAUGCAGCCAGCUGGUUCGGUCCUUUUGCAUACCCCUAAAAUCUGUAGGUUUAUUUUUCAAUGUAUUUCCUUAAUUUUUCGUUUCAUUCUGUGAACCUACUUUUGCCUUUGAUUUAGAAAUGCCCCCUUUUUUUUUAGAUCUGCAUUUUUUAGAGAAUUAUUUGCAGGAAAAGGGUUAUACACUUGUCCCCUUUUUUCCUUUUUUAAAAAAAAAAUUCAAAGUAGUUGGGGUAACUAAUUUUGUUCUUCCUGUUUUAUUUGGCAUGUGUGUACACAUCAGUGUUUGUUUCUACUUAUGACAACUUUGUUCUACAAAAACGUUAGACAUUGAAUUCCUGAUGCCUGUUAACUUGUGGAACUUUUAUGCCAGCCAACUUUUCACUAAGUUUGGACAGAGAGCCUGAACCAGCAAGUUUGGGCCCCUAACUAUAAAAUAAAUCAGAUGUAAAUUUAAGAAUCGGUAGCGGACACUGCUGACACUAGCUUCCGUUACGAUGCUGUGUGCAGGUUAAAACUACGGGAAGUUGCAAGUCUCUUCUAGUUGUCUUGCAGUACAUUAACCAACUGCACCGUUUGUGUUGUCAAAGUUGUUUUGCCUCAAUAUUUGAAGUUGGCAGUGAAAUUUCAGUUUUACUGCUCCUCAAUCCGGGUUUGAGAUCUGAGUUGAAGGGAAACAGGUUCUCCUUGAAGUGCUUGUCCACUUUGCAUGAUGCAGCAUGUUGGGAUUUUAAAGCAAACCCCUUGUAAAUGCCCAAGAUUGAGGGGGGAAAGAGAACAGGGGAAAAAACUGCAAGAAAAAGAUGGUUUACAACACCUUUGGGUUCCUUUCUUAAUUCUCUCUUCCCCCUCUCCAGCCACUAAAAGUCAAGUGAAGAUGAGUAAAAUCUCUGCGAUGAGAAAGCAUGUGAUUUUGGGGAGAGGGUGAAAUGUAAUAUUGCAGAGCAAAGCAAACAGGCUGAUAAAAAAUCUGGUAUGCCUCACACAACCAAGAUGCCGUACAGAAAACAAAAGUGUCUGCUGUGAGGAAAUAGAUGUCCCCUGCACUGAUAGUCCUCUAUUGUGCCCAGUCGUUUAACUCAAUGCUCAGUACUUUGACUCUAGUUUGAUCCUGUUGAAGGCUGAACUCUGGGCAAGUAUGACUGGCAAGAGGUCCCAAAUCUGACCAAGUGGAUAGUAACAGAGCAAGUAUAGAGUCCAUUCCAAGUCAAUUUUUCUCCCCUUCAAUGGGUGUGGAUCCGUGUCAGAACUUGUGCUUUCAUUGAAAUAAGUGUUGGUGAGUGGGCAGCGAUAGUGACUGUUGGCAUUGUUUGGGGAAGAUCCCAGCCUAAACUGCCCUCACCUGUUGCCCACCUUCCAGACUGAGAAACUGGAUAGUAAUGAAGAAUGUGGGCUUUAACCUCCUCCUCUUGACUAUGGCCAAUUGUAGCCGUGAUCUGCUAACUCAGAAAGCUGGAGAUUGACUCUUCCUGAGUGUCUGAUUAACCUGCUCAGCUCCUCUUGGUGUGUGAGCUGUGAACCAUAUUUAACAUGCUGUUUCAGCCUGUUCGCCUCAAAGUUAGGAAGUGAAAGGGUAAGUUGACAGAUUCCUGCUUUGAAUUGCUAUCCGGUAACCCCUGCUGGAGUGUGCAUAAGGACUGGGCUCAGCUGCACUGUUCCAUUGAUACUGGAACGUUGCUAAUGCCAACUGUCUUGGCUCAACUAUAACAAAUGAACAUGGGGCACCUUGGGGAAAGGGAUCAAACUGGAGACAGUUUCUGUAAUUGAAAUGAAUAUUUCUACACAUACUGCCCUCUGCCACAGAUUUGCAAGAAGGAAGUAGCACAGGAUGUGCAGAUUGUGUCUGAAGUAAGUGUGACCAUUCUUGUGAUGUCUCCCACAGUGAGUCCCUGACUUUAGCUGCACCAUCAUAGGAACAGCAUAGGUUAUUCAAUCCAUUAACUGUGUGCAGAUGGAGGAUGGACUUGAUGUUUAGCUGCUGCCCCUUCCCUGUGCUUUGGAGGUCAGUCACCCAGGGGCUCACUUGUUUUGUAGCUGCUUCAAGUGCACCAGAGACUUGCUGUUUGUGUGGGAUGAAAUGCGGCAUAAAGAGCCUAAAAAGUCAGGAGUGUCUUAAUCAUUGGACAUAAGUUUAACUGCAUAAUUGAGUAGGAACUUAGUGCAAUUUCGUGUUGGAGAAUCCUGUAUACAUCUCUAAUAAAAUUGGAAAUUGCUCUUAA